GGGGGCAUCUUUUGCACUGUUGUAUGGCUAUAUAUAUGUAUAUAUAAGAUAUUUAGGAGCAGUGUUUGAUUGUGUGUGUGAGUGUUUAUGGGUGGACAUGGUAGCAAACACAGAGUGGUGUCAGAAUUUGAGGGUUUUUAGCUGAUUGGUUGGUAAAAAUGGAAGAAUUACAGAUGUAUCACGGAUCUAUAAGUAAGAACAGAGCAGAAGAGCUGCUGGCCAUGGCUGGACAGGAUGGCAGUUUCCUCAUCAGAGACAGCGAGAGUGUGCCGGACACUUACUGCAUCUGUGUGCUGUAUGACCAGUGUGUGUUCACCUACAGGCUUUUCCAAGUAGAAGGCAACUUAUGGAAGACAGAGACGGCAGCUGGGGUGAAAGAGCGGCUCUUUCGGAAUGUCACAAACCUCAUCAGGACAUUUCAGAAACCAGACCAAGGAAUCGCCAUGCCCCUUCUGUACCCGGUUAACAUCGACCCACACCACAGCCACCACCAUCACCAGCCACACUUACAGCAGAAGCACUGGAAGCCCCAGUCCAGACCCCAUAAACACAUAAACACUUCACAAUAAUCACCUCCUCUUCACCAUGGAAAUUUAUAUUCAUAUAUUUGUACAAUGAUUGCCUUGCACCUUCUCACAUUAUUCACGUGUAUAAAGAUAUUCUUUCUGUCUCUUAAGGCCAAAAAUAAAGGCUACCCUUAUAUAACA